AUGGCAUAUGCAAAAGUAGAUAUUUUUAUUCCGCUAGCUGAGCACGGGAAAUAUAUAACAGUUGAUGGUGGACCUGAUGAAAAUUCACGUUUUCCUAAAACACUUGUUGCUGCAAUAAGAAAAUUUCGAAAAUAUAAUUUAGAUACUUUAUUUGUUCUUACACAUGCGCCAGGUCAAUCAGCUUAUAAUAUUGUUGAACGACGAACGGCACCUCUUUCAGAUGAUUUAGCUGGUCUUAUUUUACCUCAUGAUCAUUUUAGUACACAUUUAAAUGAUUCGGCCGAAGUUUGGUGUGGAUCAGUUAUUGAUGAAUAUCCUGCUGUAGCUGAAUAUAUUGAUUCACCUGCAUCAACUCUAGAUAAAUUACGUUUGAUUGAGGUUAAUCUUAUUAUGAAUGAUAUUUUAGAUCGUGUAUGCGAAGAAGAAGCUGAAGAACCAAUUGAACAUCAAGUUGGACAAAGUGAUGAAUAUUGUCAAGAAAGAGUUCGUCCUCCACAUAUUACAACUGAUGGAGAAUUAUUACGAGAUGAACCGAAAUAUGAUAUUGAUGAAUAUUGGUGUGCCACACAUGUUCUUCAAACUCAGUAUACAAUUCAAAUAGUUCGCUGUAAUUCAAUAUCAUGUUGUGGUCUACGGCAUUCAAAUUAUAUUCAAGUAUUUCCUCAUCGUUUUCUUUCAGCACCAGUUGCAUUUGAACGUACACCACGUGGUAUCGCAAUGGCUGAAUGUGAUUAUCAAAAAGGUGUUUUUUAUGGUUCAUUAAUUCAACGUAUACAAUUUCAUAGUGUUGUUAUGCAACAUACACAAAAUGAUAUAUUACCAUUUGAUUAUUAUUGUUCAAGUGUACGAAAAGAAUUAAAACGACAUAUUUGUUCAAUACGUAAACAAUAUAUUUAA